AUGCAAGAUGCUGGAGAUGGACCACGUCCAGUCGCGUUUAUCAGCCGGAAACUUACCGAUGCGGAAAAUAGCUCAGCUGUUCGCUGGCUAUGGUCUAAGAAAGAGCUUACUGGAAAAUUCGCCAGAUGGAUUUUAGCUCUUCAAGAGUACGAUUUUGAAAUUCGCCACAUUAAAGGAGUAAAUAAUUUGGUGGCUGAUGCCCUAUCGCGUAACCCUGAUGAAUCCUGUAUUGGAACCAGUGGCUCCGCGAUCGGUCAUGUAGUUUGUGUACUUGACAGUAGAUGGCCUGUGGGCAUGAAUAAUACAGAAUUGGCAUUCCAACAACAACUGGAUAGCCAAUUGCGUCCCAUUAUAACCUGUCUUAAUUCAAAAGAGAAAUCCCUCCCAGGGGCGUAA